CACACAGCACUGCCCUUAAAAAAGCCAGAUAGGGAGGGACAGACUGACAGAGUUGCUGAGUGACUGUGUGAGAGAUAAAGUCAGAGUUGGUCUCAGGAUGCCUGCGUACGCCACCAACAUGAGGCUGAAGUUCCCCAUCUUGGCCUUGAUCCUUGAGAUUAUCACCAUCAUCCUGUUUGCAGUGUUUGUGGACUACGACGAUGGGAAAGGUCACGGGCACGACUCACACUCCAAUUCCAGUGAAACCCACCAUGAGGAGAAGCCUAUGGAUCUCUACCCCAUGUUUCAAGACGUCCACGUCAUGAUCUUCAUCGGCUUCGGGUUCCUGAUGACGUUCCUCAAGAGAUACGGCUUCAGCAGCGUGGGCAUCAACUUGCUGCUGGCUGCCUUCGGCCUGCAGUGGGGCCUCCUCAUGCAGGGCGUCUGGCAUCUGGUUGAUGGCAAAAUCAAAAUCAACAUCUUCAAAAUAAUCAACGCAGACUUCAGCACAGCUACAGUCCUGAUCUCCUUUGGUGCCGUUCUGGGUAAAACCAGCCCUGUGCAGCUCCUCAUCAUGACCAUACUGGAGAUCACCAUCUUCUCCAUCAACGAGCAUCUGGUGGCUACGGUUCUAGAGGCUAAUGAUGUCGGAGCAUCGAUGAUCAUCCACGCUUACGGAGCUUACUUCGGCCUGGCAGUGGCUCGUGUCCUUUACCGACCGGGUUUAAGAAACGGGCAUGAGAACGAGGGAUCGGUUUAUCACUCUGAUCUGUUUGCUAUGAUUGGAACCGUCUUCCUGUGGAUGUUCUGGCCCAGCUUUAACUCAGCCAUCGCUGAUCCAGGUUUGACCCAGCUCACCGCAGUGAUCAACACCUACCUCUCCCUGGCUGCCUGCGUGCUGUCUGCCUACGCCAUCUCCAGCCUCGUGGAGCACAAAGGAAAACUGGACAUGGUGCACAUUCAAAACGCCACCCUGGCUGGUGGCGUCGCCGUGGGAACAUGUGCCGACAUGAACAUCGGGCCGUUUGGGGCCAUGCUGAUCGGACUCGUCGCUGGCAUCAUCUCCACCCUGGGCUUCAAGUUCCUGAGUCCCAUCCUGGCGUCCAGCGUGGGCAUCCAGGACACCUGCGGUGUCCACAAUCUGCACGGCAUGCCUGGCAUCCUGGGCGGACUGGCUGGUAUUGUGGCUGUGUCUUUGGGGAAGAAAGAGGGAGGUGAUCCUGUCAUGCAAGCUGCCGCCUUGGCUUCAUCUCUCGGCUUCGCUUUGGUUGGAGGUGCUGUUACAGGUUUCAUAAUGAAGCUGCCGUUCUGGGGGCAACCUCCGGACCAGAACUGCUACGACGACUCUCUUUACUGGGAGGUUCCUGAGGAAGAGGACGAGAACGAGGAGAGCUUGGCUCAUGCUGAUCACUCAAAGAACAAAGCAGAAGUUUAAAUAUCUGCCCACACAGCUAGAAAUGAAGGAUUACCAUUAAGCUACGCUGUGUCUGUAGAUAACAACUUGUCAGUUUUAUCAUCCACACACAGGAUAUUUUUGAUCUUAAUCUGGCUUAAAUUUGCAAUUAGUAUGGGCAUGAAAAGAUUUACAGAUUAGAGACUAAAAACACACAUAAGCAAUUAGCAUAAAGAUGUGUUUAAUCCAAUUUACAUACAUAGAAAGAACCUUAAACUUCAGGUAUUUUUUUUUUCACACUGAAAGUCUUAAUGACCUACAACAUUCAUGAACCACAAAACACUAAAAAAUAACGCUUGGGCAGAGCAAAUAAAAGCUAAUGCAACAGCUUGCAUCGACCUGUUACCGAUCGAUUUGUGAUAACUUCUAAUAACCAACAAACUACAUUGAGUUAGAGGAAGUAACCUUUCCACUACUAUCUAAGAUAUUUUUAAUUACCAGUCAAAACCAAAAUUGGCAUGUUAAAAUGAUGGAGGGGACUCCAAAUCCUUAAUGAAAUUAUGAAGUCAAUUUUAUUGAGCUACCUCAACUUGAAUUUAGUUUUAAAUCAAGUAAUGCAGGAAUUUAAGUUUAACACAAUAUUAAGUUGAUUCAAUUACCAAUAUUAUUAUGUAAACAAAACCCAUAGAAGUAAUGUUGAAAGGUUUAUCUCAAUCAGUAAAUCACAUUUUUUGUUUUCUUGCAACAGGUCCCUAGAAUUACUUUUUAGAGUGUACAAAACAAGGUGGGCCACUCCACAGCUCCACUGCAGAUACACAACUACUUUAUAAGCUUUUCUUUAUGUCGUUUUAUACUAUAAAAAGCAUAGAACCAUGUUUUUUUUUUUUUUUAAAAAAAGAUAUUAGUAUAGUUUGUAUUUUUCUCUUACAUUUCUUUACACCUGAUAUGUGCAUUUCUGCUGAAGCUCAGGUCAAAGCGAGGAGUUAAAACCAGGCUUUGAUCUGCUGCUUCACUUUACCUCACUGGAGCCCAAACCUUCUGCGAGGAGUCAGACGGCGUGAAAGCAGCAGCUCUUCACUCUGAUGUGGGCAGGGAAAGUCGCAUAAUGUUCCUGUAACUAAUGAACCUUUGUGUCUUAUCUUGUACUGCUUCCAGACGUUGUCUAUCCUUCUGACGACAGCUGUACAAUUCAGCAUCCGAGUGUUUGUCACUGGGCAACUUGUGUUUUCUAUUUACAGCAAAUGUAUUCUUACGUGUACAUACAGUUUAGUUCUUAGAUGGUUUGACACAGUCAGUUUUAUCGAAACUAAAAAAACAGCAGCUGGUACUGAACAUUUUUCCAGAUAUCUUAAAGAAUUUAACAAAGUUUCAUAGUAAUCUGAGAUGAAAACUGUUUCACCAUUUUGCAGCAUCAUUCUGCCGGUUUUGUACCUGUUGUCUUUGUUGGUGACUCGGUCUAACAGAUUAAACUGUUACAACUGCAACAUACCUCAUGUAUUUGUGCUCAUAAGUUUACAUACCCUGGCAGAAUCCUUAAUAAAAACAUGAAUGAUCACAGCAAAUACAAUUGCAUGACAAUAAAUAGCUUUUGUCUGACUGCUAACCGUAAAUGAAAUUUUUUUUUUCCAUGAUCAAACAUAUUUUCUAAUUUUAAAAAAGGACAAUAUUUCACAAAUUAUUACAAGGGUAUGUAAACUUAUGGGCAAAACUUUAUAUUAUAGGAUUACAACUCACUUUGUCCUCUGAUUAUUGUUUUAAACUGCCAAAGGACAGGUUUUUUUUAGUGUACUUAACAUCAAAACACAGGACUGAGAGGUAUAGAUGAAAUUGACUACAUAAAGAGUUAUACAAUGACAUUCUGCUUUGAUAAAUGAUUUAGGAUGCCCAGAACACUGGAAUGCAUCGAAAUGUUGUAUUUUUAUACAGUGAGUGUAUCCUCUUAUUUGUAUAAUAUACUAAUACUGUCAUAAUAAAUGUGUUUUGUACAAUA